GACAAGACAUUUCUAAAGUUUUAACCACCAGAGUCUCAAGAUACUAUAACGAACACCACUGGGAACAAAUGGGAAAUCCUGUUAUGUAUCAUGUACAAGUCUGAAAUCAGUCUCAUAUUUUUGAGACAGGAGGCGGACACUUCCUCCAAAAUGAGUCUCUAUGAGGAGAAAGAGGCGGAAGGUGCUGUUCAGUCUCCAGAACCCAGUUAUGUGUCUAUGAAGAGUGACAACUCCAUGAGGGACCCCUGUGUAUUGAGCAAUAGACCAGCAAUAUCUGACCCCAGUUUGAAGCUAAAUGAUCUUGUCAGACCUCUAAAGUCCUGUACUGCCUCCGACAGACAGACCCACAUUUGGCAGUAUGACACAGAAUUUGCCCUAAAGACAAAUACAUUGCUGGAGGAAACUGGAGACCAGCAGCAGGUUUCUUACCAACCAGUAGAUGAUGUCCUGCAGAAAAUCAAAGACCAACACAAAACCAACAUGAAGAACAAGUAUGAGAUCUUAUUUGAGGGAAUCAAACUGCACGAGAAUCAAACCCUCUUGAACAGGAUUUACACACAGCUCUACAUCAUAGAGGGAGAGAGUGAAGGGGUGAAUGAAGAACAUGAGGUUUUACACAUUGAGAAAACAUCCAGAACUCAACACUUACAAGACACUCCAAUCUACUGCAAUGACAUCUUUAAACCCUUAACUGAACCAGGAUGUGAGGAGAAGAUAAAAGACCAAAUAAAGACUGUUCUUACUAAAGGCAUCGCUGGAAUUGGAAAAACAGUCUCUGUGCAGAAGUUUAUUCUGGACUGGGCCGAGGGAAAAGCCAAUCAGGAUGUAGAUUUCAUGUUUUUGCUUCCAUUUCGAGAGCUGAACUUGAUUAAAGAUGAGCAGUACUGUUUUCACAAACUUCUGCUGGACUUUUAUCCUGAACUUCAUGAUCUGGACUCAAAGAUGUAUGAUGAGUGUAAAGUUGUGUUCAUCUUUGACGGUCUGGAUGAAAGCAGAAUUCCACUGAUGUUUUCAGACAGUGAGAAAGUUUCUGAUGUGACUAAGACUUCAUCAGUGGGUGUGUUGAUGUCAAACCUCAUCAAAGGAGAUCUGCUUCCCUCUGCUCUCAUCUGGAUUACCUCCAGACCAGCAGCAGCCAAUCAGAUCCCCAACAAAUACAUCAAGCGUGUGACAGAAAUUCAGGGAUUCAAUGACCCUCAGAAGGAGGAAUAUUUCAGGAAGAGAAUCAGUGAUGAGCAUCAAGCCAGCAGAAUCAUCUCACACAUUAAAAAAGCAAGAAGCCUCCACAUCAUGUGCCACAUACCAGUCUUCUGUUGGAUCUCAUCCACUGUGCUUCAAAACAUCCUGAAACAAGAUGACAGUACAGAAAUCCCUCAAACGCUGACUGAAAUAUACAUCCACUUCCUGCUCAUUCAGAUCAAUAUGAGGAAUCAGAAGUAUGAAGAGAGAGAUCCAGAGAAACUCCUGAAGUCCAACAGAGAAGUGAUUGUGAAACUUGCUGAACUGGCUUUCAAACAGCUGAUGAAGGGCAAUGUCAUUUUCAGUGAGGAGGACCUGAUAGAGAGCGGCAUAGACGUCACUGAUGCCUCAGUGUAUUCUGGGAUCUGCACUGAGAUCUUUAAGGAAGAAUCUGUGAUUCAUCAGAGGAAAGUCUACUGCUUCAUACAUCUCAGCUUUCAGGAGUUUCUGGCUGCUUUCUAUGUGUUUUACUACCAUGUGAGUACAACCAUGGAGGGCCUAAAAGAUUUUGCUUCAAUACAGAAUUUGCUGAAAGGAGCAGUAGAUAAAGCCCUUCAGAGUGAAAAUGGACAAUUAGAUCUUUUCCUGCGAUUCCUGCUGGGAAUCUCACUGGAGUCCAAUCAGAGACUUUUCCAGGAUCUACUGACACACACAGAGAACAGCUCAGAAAGCAUCAGAGAAACUGAAAUUUACAUCAAAGACAAAAUCAAAGAGGGACGUGGACUCUCCACUGAAAGAUCCGUCAAUCUAUUCCUCUGUCUGCUGGAGAUGAAAGAUCAGACUCUGUACAGAGAGAUUCAGGAGUUUGUACAAUCAGAGAAACACUCAGAGAAUAAACUCUCUCCUGCUCAAUGUUCAGCAAUUGCCUACAUGCUUCAGAUGUCAGAGGAGGUGCUGGAUGAGCUGGACCUGAAGAAAUACAACACAUCAGAGGAGGGUAGAAGAAGACUGAUACCAGCUGUGUUCAACUGCAGAAAAGCUCUACUUUCUGACUGUAAUAUCGCUGAUCAGGUCUGUGAAAUUGUGGCUUCAGCUCUACGAUCUUCAAAGUCCCUCCUGAGAGAGCUGGACCUGAGUAACAAUGACCUGCAGGAUUCAGGAGUGAAGCUACUCUCUGAUGCACUGAAGAGUCCAAACUGUCAACUGAACAUACUGAGAUUAUCAGGCUGUAUGGUCACAGAGGAAGGCUGUUGUUAUGUGGCUUCAGCUCUGAGAUCAAACCCUUCACACAUGAUAGAGCUGGAUCUGAGCUACAAUCACCCAGGAGAAUCAGGAGUCAAACUGCUCUCAGAGAGACUCAAUGAUCCAAACUGCAAACUGGACAAGCUCAAUGUAGACCAUGGAGAACAUUUCAGGAUCACACCAGGACUGCGAAAAUGUAGGUCUUUUCUCUCUUUUACACACUUUCUUCUUGCACUCUUUACUGUAAAACAGUCCUUUAUACAGUUCAAAUCUGUCUUCUCUUCUUGUUUAGAUUUCUGUGAUCUCACUCUGGAUCCAAACACAGCAAACACUCAUCUCUUUCUGUCUGAGGAGAAAAGAAAGGUGACACAUGUGGAGGAUCAGUCAUAUCCUGAUCAUCCAGACAGGUUUGAGCACUAUGAGCAGGUCCUGUGUAGAGAGAGUCUGACUGGACGCUGUUACUGGGAGGCUGAAUGGAGCGGCUGGGCCGAUAUUGCAGUGACAUAUAAAAAAAUAGGAAGGAAAGGAAGGAGUGAUGGUUGUAAUUUUGGACUCAAUGAAAAGUCCUGGAAUUUGAGCUGUAUUUAUGGCAGAUUCACUGCGUGGCACAAUAAAAAGAGCGUUGACAUACGUGCCCCUUCACCCCCCUCUAACAGAGUAGGAGUGUAUCUGGACUGGUUGGCCGGCACUUUGUCCUUCUACAGCGUCUCUGACACACGCACACUCACACAUUUACACACAUUCAACACCACAUUCACUGAACCCCUCUAUGCUGGAUUUGGGGUUUUUUAUUCCGACUGCUCAGUGUCUCUGUGUUAAAUUGGACAACCUCCUGUGUGAAACACAACUCUCUCUUUAAACACUUUCCAUAUUCUAAUUAGGGCUGGGUAUCGCUAGCCACCUCAUGAUAUGAUACAUAAUGCGAAUACACUUCACGAUUCGAUGUAUCGCAAUACAUCACAAUACUAAUAUCAUGAUUCAAAACAUCACGCUAUCAUGAUUCGAUUACAAUUUACAAGCUUUCAUUUCCAAUUCAUUUGGGUAUGUUUCAGAUAUAAUGUCAAUUUUGCUUGCAUACAGGAAAAAAAAGAAAUUCUCUUUCAGCUAAUGCUGUUAUUAAUUAUACAGCGGACCUUCUAACUUGGUAAAUUAAGGAAAUACUUUACACAUUUUUUCAUCAUUAGUUCUUUAUCAUUUUAGUCACAUUUUAAAAAUAUACAAAGUCCAUGUUUUCCUUAAAAAAUAAUAUAAAAUUUUACAUGUUGUUUACAAGUAUUUACUUUGAUAUGUAGGACAAAUGCUAAAUGGUACUGUCUUUUUAAGACCAGCGGCAGGGACUUUGACAGUGUUUUCGUGGAAUGUUGUUACAGAAUCCAUGCUGUGUAAUUAGAAUUCAAUGUUUCUUUUGUUGUUUUUGAUCAACAAAGUAUGACAGAAAUGUUUUUUAUUUUUUGAAAAUAAAAAUAAAAAAAUUGCAAAAUGCACAUCACAAUAAAGUUCUUUAAUACAAAAUGUAAAUGCUCAAAUAAAAAAAAAUAAAAAAAGUUUCUCAUAACUUUCUCAAUAACAUUUUAACUUUUUAAAAUAAGAAAGAUUCUACAUUUUAUCAAUUAAUAUUAUAUCAUGAAAUUGUAUAAUAAUGAUAUGAACUGUCACUGUUUGAAAUAAUGUGUACAAUUUACAAGUAAUAACACUGAGUUUACAUUCAUUUGUAUAGCAAACUUAAUGAUACUGUCACUUUAAGAGUUCAAGGAGCAUGUUACAGAUCCGCACACACAGUGUCCGGUUUAUUAGUGAGAGAGAAGGCUCUUGUUUUUUAAUCGCAUCUGUGCUGUGUUAUUAAAAUAAAUUUUUCUUUUUGCUUUAAUAUCUGACUGUAAAGAACAACAAUAUAUUAAAAGACACAUUA